CCAUUUGCUGAUGCGGCAAAAUCCGAGCACAUUUCCGAGAGCAGAAAUUUUUACGAGAUUUGAUCGAUUGAACAAACUCCAUAUGUGUCAGUGAGCACAGCAUGGUGGCGGUACGCUCCUGUGGAUCGAUGAAUAUCUCAGUUUCGCCAUUACAAGAGCCCUAAGCAAUGGAGGACGAGAGGGUUUUGGAGAGGGAGAGGCACCAGAUCGAGCAGAUUCUUCAGCUUGAUAAUGAGGAGUUGCAAGUUGAGGAAGUUGACUAUCUCCCCGACUCCGACGAUGAUCGCGACCCUAUCAGCCAUGGUCAUGGAGGUGUUGAGACCUUUGCUGAAUUUACUUUCAAUUCCUCUUUGGCUUCUUUGCAUACGUAUCUUGGUGAGGUUGAGGAUUCUCAUCACAGAAUGGCUUUCUUGGAUGGUGGUGCCAUACUGAACCUUCCUGUAUUUUAUCUUGAAGGAGUUGUGUUGUUCCCGGAAGCUACUCUGCCUCUCAGGGUGAUCCAAGCAAAUUUUAUUGCUGCCAUUGAAAGAGUACUGACUCAUUUUGACACCCCUAAUACCAUAGGUGUGGUUCACGUCUCCUUGGAUUCUGACAACGAGAAACUACAUUUUGCAAAUAUUGGGACGACUGCAGAGAUACGGCAGUUUCGAAGGUUGGAGGAUGGUUCAAUCAAUGUUCUUACUAGAGGGAAGCAAAGAUUUCGCCUUAGACGCCGUUGGAUCGAUGCUGAAGGAGUGCCAUGUGGAGAAGUUCAAAUUAUCCAGGAAGAUUUGCCAUUAAGGACUCCACGGGAUGCUUUCGGAGAAUUGGCUCCAAGGAGCAGUGUCCAGCGCCACAGUCUCUCAUGUGCAUUGGCUUCAUAUACUUCUUGCUCUAGACAAUUUACGUCAAGGGAUGAGGAGGUUGAUUCAGCCUCUAAUUCAGAAGAAAGCUUUGAACGUGAGCUUUCAUUGAGAGAGAGGAAAAUCCACCAAGCAGCAAUCGAUUCCAAUGAGUCUAGUAGCGAUGAGGAGAUAUCUGGCUCAGAGUCUGAACACCAACAUGCAAUGUCACAUCUAAAUGACUCGGAUUCUUUAGGGUCAAUGCAGUCUGACUAUGAGAAGGAAAAUGAAAAACCUGCCCCUGAUACAGGAAAGAGUUCCACAUCAGCUAGGGAAUCUAGCAAAAGGAAAGAACUUGAAAGAUGUCGAAGAAACUCAAGUUUUAAUCCGAUGCAUGGGGUUUCAAAAGCAUUUUGGCCAUAUUGGGUUUACUCUAUGUAUGACUCGUAUUGUCUUGCUCAAAAAGCAGCAGCUAUGUGGAAGCAGAUUGUGGGGGUUCCAAACAUGGAUGGUUUUGUGAAGAAUCCAGACAUUUUAUCAUUCUACAUUGCUAGUAAGAUUCCAGUUUCUGAAUCUACUAGACAGGAGCUCUUGGAGAUUGAUGGCAUUUCAUAUAGAUUGCGCCGGGAAGUCGAGUUACUUAAGUCUAUUGAUAUCAUCCAAUGUAAAAACUGUAAGACAGUUAUAGCCAAACGCAGUGAUAUGUUGGUAAUGUCUAGUGAUGGUCCACUCGGUGCUUAUGUGAACCCCCAUGGUUAUGUGCAUGAAAUAACGACUUUUAACAGAGCAAAUGGCAUAGCACUAAGAGGACGAGCCGCUACAGAAUACAGUUGGUUCCCUGGGUAUGCAUGGACAAUCUCAAUCUGUGCCACUUGUGAAACUCAAUUAGGAUGGCUUUUUACUGCCACAAACAGGAAUCUGAAACCUAGAUCUUUUUGGGGAAUACGUAGUUCCCAGUUAGCUGAUGCCACACGGUGAGUGCUUCUGUUGCAACAGCCUCUAAGAGUUCACAUCGGAGCAAGUAACUUCCUCAGGUCUAGAUAGACUAUAUAUUCAUAUGCGACAUGUAAUAAACAGUUUGUUGUAACUAUAUUCUAUUAUAGGGGAGCAAGAGAAACCGCUGGGUCGAACAUCUUUCAGUAAUCAAAUAUGUCAAGUUUUGCAGUGCGACUUCCUUUUUUUUAA